CAUUGACAGUCAGAUUCUUUAUCAUUGUGCCACCUGGGAAGCUCCCAUACAUUAUGUGAUCUAAUAUGCAAUAAUCAAGCUGUGUUUGACAUAAGAAAUACCACCUAGCACAAUGUUUUCUCAAAUUGUGGUCUGCCUACAGAGUAAUUUCCUUGAGUGUUUGUUAUAAAUACAAAUUCAAGGGCUUCAUCCUUCAGACUUCCUGAAUCAGAACCUCUAGAGAUGAGGUCCUAGAAAUUAAUGUUUUUAAGCCAGAGGCUCACAUUAGUUUCAUGCACCAUGAUGUUUAGGAAUUUCUGACUUAACACAUUUAAUUGCACACAGCCUUAGUGAUCUAAUAGUUAUAGAAAUGAAAUCAGAGAUCUGCAGGAUUCCAUACAGUCUUUCCUUUAGGUUUUUCCUCUUAGUCUGGUCAUAUUUCCCCUUUUAUUCUCUUCACUCUAAAUUAAAAUACUCAUAAAUUAUAAAGACUAAGAAUUAUGCCAUCAUGUCAUCUAAUUUGUGAUAUUCCAAAUUAAUCAGUGAAUGAGUAUCAGUUCUUGUAGCAAAUACCAUAAAAUAAAAACUUAGAAUUGGAAUGGAAAUUAUCUCAGUGGCUCUUAGGCUCAGAUAAGGAUACCCAUUUCCAGGAAACUAAAGUGACUUGCUUAGCUAGGCAGUUGGUAUGGAUGGUCCUUUUGAAACUACUCAUUUUUAAAUGACUGUUUCAUUUGGGGAAAUCAUCAUAAAAUUCAGUUAGCAUUUAGAAUUUAAACCCAGCUUUAGUUACAUUUAAUUGUGUGCGCACUAGAGCAUAGAAUUCAAUUUCAAAAUCCCGAACCAUAUUUUAUUACUUGUCUUUAUGAAUAGUUAAUGGACAUUUGCUAUUCCUAUGCAUGUAGUCCUCAUUAUUUGCCCGUAUCGGUAGGAGUAAGGGCUUGUAUUCCCAUUUGAUAAAUGAGGGAGGUGAGGCAUGCAUAGAUUAGAAGUAGGAACUAGGAAACAGGAGGUCAAGGAUUUCCUGGUAAGGCCAGCAGGCCCUGUUUUCUAAGAUGAGCUUAGUCAAGCUGAGUUGGAGAUGGAAGACAGUGACUGGUGUAUGUUAAUUUUCUUGACAGGGAUUUUCCAUAGUGCAGUAUAGCUUAGGUUUAGAUUUGUGAUGUUGGCCUGGCCACUGUGGUGGCCUCCAUUUUGUGAGUCUAAAGGUACAGGUUAACUUUAUCAAUAUAAUAUAACCAUGUAUUACUUUUGCUUCAUGAUUUUUAGCUUACCUUACUUAGCUUUUCAUUUUCCUUGGUGUUCCUGCCAUUUAUUUUCUUCUGCUUCAUCUUUUCAUCCUAUACUUUCUUUUAGAGCAAAAUCACUUCCUUUUUAUUAUACUAAUAUAAUUUUAACAGUUACUAAAAAUGAAGAAGAUUCAAAUUAGUCCCUUUUUAUAUUGUAUUACUUUGGUAAAAACAGCCUUUUCCCUGUUUUAUUUUUCUCAGAUUGAGGCACUUUGACUAACUUGGUUUGUUCAAACUGAGGAACAAGAGGAAAUAAAUCUGGGUGUUCAGCAUAAAAAAAGCUAAUGACAAAGACAUUUUUAGGGACAAGGGUUUUUUUUGUGUUUCCUAGGUUAUUCUUCAUGUCUUUUUGAUAUCUCUGUUCUCUGGUUCUUAUCUUUAAAAGACAGCUGCCUUACCCCAGGCAUAAAUCAGAAGAGAAAAGCCAGUUACCCAGCAAAACUGGGCCUGGGUGGGGAGGAUGAAAGGGAAUAAGCCUCCAGAGAAGGAGAAAGGAAGAAUAAAGGACCCCUGGGGAGUCCACUGGGCCAAACACAGCAAACACAAGCCGGUGAGCACAGAUGGAACUGAGGCGCUGACUGGGGAAGAAAAAGAUGACGCCUUUGAUGCCUCAAAACCAGAAAAGAAGAUCCCAGGCGGGUGACACAUAUGCCUUGGGAACAACUCUGCCCCGGAAGUACAAGGCGCACGCCUGUGAUUCAUGGAAUACAUGGGAGCUCCUAGUCAUAUCAGGAAGCAUGGUCUCUCUGCUUUACAUCUGGCUGUAUUCCCAGAGCUUCCAUUUCCAUGUGGCACAUAUUUAUGCUCACUUGGGGUACCCCAGUGCCCAGCAUAUUGUUGGCCAGAGAUACCUGAAAGGAGCUGGUGUGGUGAAGGAUCAAGAGAUGGCAAUGCACUGGUUUAGACAAGCCUCCCAGCAGGACCAUCCUCAUGGUUCCUUUAACCUUGCAGUCGGAAAACUGAAAAACAUGACUGGAUCCAUGGCAGUAGGGGACAUAGAGAUGCUCCUUCAUGUUGCUGCAAGACAGGGGAUCCAAGAGGCCCAGGAAAUUCUGGAGAAUAUUAUUUGGACUAAAAGCAAGCCCUUGCAAACUAAAAGUGUGGGGAGUGUUUUAUAAACAUUAACACAUGUCACGCAUGCUUUUUCUGAAGCAGGGUCUGUGUGUCUCACUCAUCAACUGUGGCCUUGUAGUGCUUUGUGGAACUGUCAGUGGAAGUGGCUUUUACUUGCAGUUUUAUAUGCUGCUGCAUCUUCAAUUUGCUGUUCCAAGUCCUUUAAAGCAGCAGUACCCAACCUUUUGGGCACCAGAAAUUGGUUUCAUGGAAGACAAUAUUUUCCAUAGACCAGGGGAUGGGCGGGGGAUGGUUUCAAGCGCAUUACAUUGAUUGUGUGCUUUAUUUCUUUCAUUAUUUCAUCAGCUCCACCUAGAUCACCAGACAUUAGAUCUCAAGGCUGGGUAUUCCUGCUUUAAAGCAAGGUGUUGCCUAUAUGUUUUCCUGGGGUCGGAGUUUGACCUCAUCUGGAUGGAGAGGUAUUUUCUUUUGCUUGCAUGACUGCUCACUCAGUUAAGUUUCAAGUCAGUGAGCAUUGUACACAGUGGUGGGAGGGACGGAAGAAACCUGUCACACUAGAGACUUGGCUUCUUGGAUGUGUGAGUUGGCACCCACACAUCCACGGCGAAGGAGCUAAACUCUUCAUUAGCCUAAUCUAUGACAUGUGGUGUUCUGCUUAAAAUAAACUUGUUUUCAUCUCUACA